AUGGACAGGCUGCCAGCCCAUCGGGUGCAAGGGGUAAUCAAUGAGGUUGAAUCCUGGAUGCAAAGCCAACUACUCAUACUCACUCUCGUCGUAAUACAGCACAACACUGGUAACGACGACGAGGAAGGAGAAAUGCAUGAUUUAUAUGAAGUGAUACAAGCGCUUUGCAAAUGGAACUCUGAACGUGGACACGGCCUGCUUUUAUAUCCUGAGAAUAGAGAAUUCAAACAUAUAAUUAUUGAGCUUAUGAGCACAACCCAAGCGGCGAAAUUGUAUAGGCCAGGCUCUUUCGUGGCGAAGGCCUGGUUAUGGAUAGAAAGGUCGCCGUUCCAGAUAGCCCGGGAGAAUCCUACAAACGAUGUGUUUGUGCAAUCAACGCUAUUCCUUCCUGCAAAGUUACAAAUUCGCCGCUCGAUAGUUGCUCUAGUCGAGGGCGCCAUAUUCGGAAAAAUAAAAUUCCCCCUUAGCGCGCAUGCUAAAGCCGCUGUUCUAUAUUUUUACGAGAGCCAGGACAACGCCAUGCUUGAUUUCAUCGGUGACUGUCAGAUCACUGGGAAUACAGAUGCGGGCCAUGAACGAUUCUCCACAUACGUGGCAAGCAAGAUGGUCUCUUUGUCGUACAGCAUUUUCAGUUGGUCCUGGGUCGGCCGUCCUGACCAGGCAGCCGCUCUCACCAAGCUCGCGUAG